AGCGACUCGGCCACCGUACAAAGGCGCUCUCAUGUUGCAGGAAGCAAUUGCUCUGCUGAGAAUAAUAACAUACGAUUACAAACACGAGCGCUUUUAUAUUAUCAUGGCCGAGUAUUCACACGUGAAGUCCACCAAACUGGUUCUGAAAGGAUUAAACGACAAAAAAAAGAAGAAAAAGAACAAGGACAAAAAGAGAAAACGAGAGGAUGGAGAAGACAAGCCAGACGUUGUUGGAGGAUGGUGGGCAGUGAAGAGUUUAGGUGAAAUUACAGGCACCGUAGCCAUUGAGAUGCACAACAACUCCUACGUUCAUGCACUGGACACAGGACUUUUCACAGUAGGAGCUCCACAUAAAGAGGAUGAAGGCCCAGAUCCACCCGAACAGUUCACUGCAGUCAGACUUUCAGACUCCAGGAUAGCGCUAAAAUCAGGUUACGGGAAGUAUUUGGGGAUAAACUCGGAAGGCAUUGUGAUUGGUCGAUCAGACGCCAUCGGCUCCAGAGAGCAGUGGGAGCCAGUGUUUCAGGAUGGUAAAACAGCUUUGCUUGCUGCAAACAGCUGCUUCAUCUCGUACAGCGAAAAUGGAGACAUAGUGGCCAAAAACAAGGCAGCUGAAGAUGAGGAAAUGAUCAAGAUUCGUUCGUGUGCAGAGAAAGAGGUGAAGAAAAAGGAUGAUCUUGCAGAUGAAGACCGGGGUGAUGUCAAGAACUGUGAGGUCAACUAUGUGAAGAAAUUUCAGAGUUUUCAGGAUCGUAAGCUGAGGGUGAAUGAGGAGGACGGCAAGGUGCUGAAACUAGCCAGAACAGAUGGUAAAUUUCACGAAGCACUGCUGGAUAGGAGAGCCAAAAUGAAAGCUGACCGAUACUGCAAGUGAAACAGGAGAUACAUUUUCUAUUUCAAUAUUAUGAUGUCUGCUUUUUUAAAUAAACCUGUAAACCUUUCACAAGAAAAUUUUUGUUUUUUAAAUAGUUUGUUGCAUUGAUAUGAGAGUAUCUUUAACACUGAAUUUGGUUCAUAUUAAAGACAUAGAAAUCUAAAAUAGUGUGUCCCCUAUUUAGACAUGAAGAAAACUUGUCAUCAUCACAAACACAAAACUAUCCAAAGCAACUUAAAAAUGAAGAUUACCAACAUAUUUCCAAUUUUUUUUUGUGUGUGUAUGUUUAUGCACUUUCAGCUUAAGUCAUGUAAGUAUAUAAGAUGCAUAAUACAUUACAAGAUAUUCUAUAAGUGUGUAAGAUCAAAUUAAAUGUCAAUGUAGUUGUUUAUGAUUUAUUAGUAUUAGUUAUGAUUAUUUAUUUAUUUUUAAUGUCACAGAUAUAUUUUUAUGAAUGCUAUAGAUACCUUGUUUAUCAUUAAAAUAAUCAAGCUUAAUUGAUUCUGUAUUAAGGAACUCUUGCCUAUAUUGAUCUCAAAUAAGUUUCACUUGCUUAUAACUAAGAAAAUUGUUGCAAUUACAGUCAUUUUACAUUUAAACAAGUGUGCACAUAUAUUAGCUAUUAAACAACACUGAUUAUU